CUUUUGUAACAAAUACGGAAAGGAGUGCCGUCGAACAGCCGGACAUAAGUGCUUCUCCACAAAGAGCGGAACCUACUUUGGGUUCAGAAUGUCGCUCCUAGCAGUUUUAGUCCUUUUGGGGACUGGAAUGACAGUAAACAGCGAAAAGCACUCCCUCACGUACAUCUACACGGCCUUCUCCAAGCCAGUGAAUCUCCCGGGGCUACAUGAGUUCACUGCUAUGGGUUUAUUGGAUAACCGAAUGAUUGACUACUAUGACAGUGAAAACCAAAUGAAAGUUCCCAAACAGGCCUGGAUGAAAGAGCAUCUUGAACCAGAGUACUGGGAGAAAGGCACCCAGUCCAGAAAGAGCAAGCAGCAAUGGUUCAAGGUCAACAUCGACAUAUUGAUGAAACGAAUGAGACAGAAUGACACAGAUACUCAUGUUCUUCAGUGGAGGCACGGUUGUGAGGGUGAAACCCAACCUGAUGGGACGAUGCAGUUUGUCCGUGGGAUGGACAUGUACAGCUAUGAUGGAAACGACUUUCUGUCCUUUGACGAUGACGAACAGGUUUGGGUUGCUCCCAUUCAUGCAGCAGAAGAAACCAAGAGGAAGUGGGAUGAGGUCACGGUGCUGAAGGAAUACACCAAGGGUUACCUGGAGAAGGAGUGCAUGGAAUGGAUGGCCAAGUUUAGAGACUUUGGGAAAGAGCAGCUUUUAAAAGCCACUCCACCUGCAGUGCAUUUGUUCACUCGUAAGGCCAAAGUCGAGACGAACACCAUUUUGACGUGUCUGGCUACGGGUUUCUUUCCAAAAGACAUCACUCUGCAUAUCAAGAGAAAUAGCCGAGUCCUUACUAAAGAGGACGGUUUAGUGACCACUGGAGUUCGACCAAAUGAGGACGACACCUUUCAGAGAAAAGACCAUGUGGAGAUUUUGAAGACGGAUGUUUCCACCUUUACCUGUGAAGUUAAUCAUCCUGCCUCUAAAGUGCAAAUUGAAAGGAAAUGGGAUCACAUUAUUCUUGAAGGCGAAGGAAAUGGGGCCCUCAUCAUUGGUCUAGUGGCUAUUAUUCUGCUUGUGUUCAUUAUUGGGCUUUUUAUUUUCCUUUGGAUGAAGACUCGUGUGCUUGAUUGCCUUAAAAAUAAAAGCUCCAAACCAAAUCUAGAGUCUGUGACCACCUCUGAGUCCGAUGAAAAUUCCAGAGAUCCAAACCCAGCAGAGGAAGUUAAUCUGCUGCAGCAAAAUCAACCAGUCACCGAUAUAAAUACACCUGAGGAAAAUCAUCAACUCCUUUAUGGUGAUUCAUCCUCCAAUCCAAGUCUGGAUUCUGCGAUCACCUCUGGUUCCAAUUCCACAGACUCCUCUGGAACAGGACAAUCACUUCCAUCCCAAGAUUCUGGUGCUCAUGUGGGCUCAUCUUCUUCUACCAGCAGUCAAAGCGAGUGACAAAAGUCUGAGUAAAUCAGCUGUCUCAGUCAUUUGGAAGCAGAUUUACCAGAAUACAUAAAACAAUUAUCAAGAUUUGUACUCCGUGAUCCUAAUUCAAAAGAAAAAAAUAAUCUUAAACAUGUUGAAAUGGUGAAAUGGAAACACGUUGUUUUUUUCUUUUUUUUCCAAGAUAUAUCAGAAAUAAGUCAUGUUUCCCAGUGGCUCUAUGAAAUCUGUAGAACAUUUUUCUUUACAUUCUUCAUAAAAGCAAUGAAUGUGUGUUUGGAAAACAGAGAGAAAGCUAAAAACACACAAGUCAUACAGCGAUUUGUAAAGAUACCAAUACCUAAUUAGAAAUGGAAGAGUUGGAAAGGUGAGUAUAUUUCUGUUUUUGUCUGAUCAGUUGGGCAGCUUCCUAUCACUAGCAAAUGGUGGGAUGAAGGUUUUCCUUCUCUCAAACAAUUAAAUCAAGCUAUGUCUGCAACAAAAUGUUAACAAAUUUUACUGUAUGACCUAGACAAUCAUGUCUUUACAUGUUUUCUGUUCCCUUAUCUUUUGUGAGAGAACUUUUUCAAAGGAUUAAGACUACUAAACAGAACCCUGUACUGAAUGCUGAAAUCUGUGUUUUUGUUUCUCAUUGAAUAAAUCAAAUUAUUAAAAUUUG